AUGCAACAGCAAACCACAGCCCGACAAGCUGACAGUCGCUGCCACGAUGGCGUGGAUGGCCAAGUGCGCCGCAUCAAGGAGGGGUUGUCCCGACUCCCUACCCAGAGGCACCUAGAUACCUACCCGACCAGAAUGACCAAGCACUCUGCCAACCCGGAGGGCGUCGUGUGGAGCCAGGUCCUUCCCUUGCUGCCCGCAAGUGCCCUAGGAACACCUGAAUUGCGCUGGGCACGUCCUGCAAUUUACAGCGCAUUCUACUCCUCCCUUCCACCAAAAUACAGCCCUGACUACCUAAGUAUUCUAAGGACUGAUAACGAGUUGUGGUUUAAUUCUAAUGUUUGGAAAAUCUGCCAGCUGGCACUUGCCGCUGCAGCCAUCCGAGACCACUUGACACUUGACCAUCAGGAUCAUGCAAACCCUCUGCAUCAACCAGCCAAUCCUCCCUCCUACCGUACCGAUACAGCACAUACAUGCGCGUGCGCAAGCUUUAAAGAACGCCCAUCUCGUGAUGUCUGCAUACGCCACGGCAAUCUCCCCAACGCCAGCAUCACGACGACCGUCCCGAUACUAAUUCACGGUCUGGGCGCCGAACGCUUAUGUUGGGAUCGGACAGACAUGGAGGAAAACCCAAACCCGUGCCAGCCCAGACUGUUUCUGCGUCAGGACAUCAAGGGAACAACACAGAUAAAGCAACCCUUUGUCUCGCAGGCAGCACUAGCACUAGUACUCACACCCAAACCUCCGCCGUCUCGCGCCGCCGUCUGUGUCGCCCGACUCGGUCCGAACGAGAACAUCCAAACAAGGGAAUAA